AUGUUCACCAACUUCACAGGCGACACGCGACGAGCCCGCCAGGUCAACCUAGGAGGCCGGGGCCGACAGACGGCCAACAGAGAGUCGCUGCUCAAGAAGGCAGCCGACGAUAGACGCAAGAGAGAAGAGGCUCGUAAGCAGGACGAGGCUGCAAAACAGAUCCAGCUGUAUUGGAGAAAGCAGGUGCAGGAAGUGCGCCCCAAGCGACUGGCGCUGAAGGAGAAAUGGUUGCAGAGUCCAGACUCCGUCCAGGAGGCCAUCUACUUCUGGAGGACCUUGAACAUGGAGGAGGCUAAGAUAGUUCUGCAACAAUGUUCAGAGCUGAAUGCUGCUCCGGAGCAAUGGUCGGAGCUUGGAGAGGAGGUUUGCAAAUGGAUCAUCUCCAACGGACACAAAAAUGCAUCUACGAUACUGUCGACAAUCGCUCAGUACCCCGUCAUCAUCCCCAGCUUCUUCAAGGCAGCCAGGGUUUCUGAAGUCACUCCAGAGGCUCUAAACCAACAGGGUCGCAGAAAUCCCGCAGGGUUUGUGCUCGACUACAUGACCCAGGAAGUUAACUGGCAAGGAAUCGAUCUCAUAAAUGUGGUUCUGGACACCAUCUGUAAGUUUGCGCGACUUCCGAAGAACAAGGCUGUUGGUAUCCUGUCCAACAUGACCCAGAUUGGUGGCGACAAGUUCAUCCCUGCCUUGUCGGUGGUUCUAUCUUCAGUGCCAUUUGGUGAUAUUCCUGAAGAACUGUUGGAGAGACUGGAACCUCUGUACUCUGUGAACUUUGUGACUCAGAUUCUCGACAAGUACAACUACACAGACGUCUCACAAGUUCUUGUCAGUCUUCUCCGCAUUCACCCAGAGCGAAAGCAGCAAGUUCUUCAACAGCUGUCUCUUAUUGAUAACCCUCCAGUCGCAAGAGUGCUCUGGAAGAGUCUGUUCGAAUCAGGACCCAUUCAGAAGCUCUACCGUGAUUCCAUGUCUGCCAACGAAGUUUCUGAGUUUUUGGAGUCUUCUCAAUAUUUGCAUUUAACGUUACUUCUGGAGCUCUACUCUUAUUGGCUUAUUGUCACACUCGACCAUGAGUUCCGUGACCAAGCCACUACUCUGCUCAGAUUCUCAGAGAUUGAAAACCUCAUGGUGGUGCUCAAGAAUCUGUGUGUGGCCAUGAUCACCAACGAAAUAGAGUGCAACCUGAUUAUUGCAGUUUUACGUCAGGUCUAUGCUCGUGAUUCCCGGCGACCUUUCUUGCCAAAGGGAUUUUGGCUGGUCAGAAGACUACAUGUCGAUACUAGCUUUAUCAAGUCUCUCGUGGAGGAAGAGAAGAUGCGACUGAGCCAAGAGCAUGGUGUGGAGACGACAGCAAGCAGAAGAAUGGCGUCCAGACCAUCUCUGUCAGCUAUGAGGUCCCGAAACAGAACAAUUCUCUCGCAAUUGCCUUUCUUUAUCCCUUUCAACACCCGUGUCACAUUGUUCGAGGCUUUCAAGGCAGAAGAUCACAGCAACGUUAUGGGCAGUGAAGAUGUGUUUCUGAUGCAUCAUACUGGAAGAAUGGGUAUCGAUGCUCCUGUUAUUCGGGGCAGAGAGUUUGAAUCGGCUUAUGAAAAGUUGUAUUCUUACGGCUCAGAAUUGAAGAAACCUCUUUCGAUUCGAUUCUUCAACGAUUUUGGUCCCGAGGCAGGUAUUGAUGGUGGAGGUUUGACGAAGGAGUUCCUCACUUCUGUCACAGAUGAUGCAUUCAACACUUCUCGAGGACUUUUUGCCGCUACCGAUAACCACCUUCUUUACCCCAACCCGACUACCCAUGACACUAAACAACUUGCAUUCCUGGGAAAUCUGGUGGGAAAGGGCCUUUACGAGAACAUUCUUAUUGAGCACGGCUUUGCAUCGUUCUUCCUUCAAAAGUGGACACAAGGAAGUAUGCGGUCGUCGAUUGACGAUCUGUAUUCUCUGGACCCCAACCUCUACGAGAGUCUUGCAUCGCUGAAACAGAUUUACGCCACUCAGGGAGAUGCCGAUCUUGGUCUUACAUUUUCAAUCGAUUACGCUGACUCCGAAGGCAAUGUUCGAACACGUGAUCUGAUUCGAAACGGAAGCGAAGUACCUGUCACUAAGGCCAACUAUCUUCGAUAUAUUUAUGAAGUGGCCAACUUCAAGCUUAACACCAGUAUCAGAACACAGACAGAUGCAUUCUUGGGCGGUCUAUACCAGCUCAUUGACCCUUCGUGGGUCUCAAUGUUCAACGCAGAUGAACUUCAAAUGCUUAUCAGUGGAGGACAUGCCAAUGUGGACGUCUGGGAUUUGAAGACACACACCAAUUACGGAGGCUAUCUGGAUACAGAUCAAACUAUAAAGGACUUCUGGACUGUGUUUGAGAGUUUCGAGGAAGAGGACAAGCGGCUGCUUCUUAAGUUUGUGACAUCAGUAUCCAAGGCACCAUUGCAAGGAUUCAAGGCUUUGAACCCGUCAUUUGCCAUUCGUAACGCUGGUAGACAGGUUGAUCGGUUCCCUACGGCCUCCACCUGUGUCAAUCUUCUCAAGCUGCCUGACUAUCAGGACAUUGAUCAACUUCGGAAGAAACUUUUGUAUGCCAUUCGAUCGCAUGCUGGUUUCGAUUUGUCUUAG